AUGACUGAAGUGGCACUAAGAGUGACUAGUGGAGUUCCACUUGUACCAAGCGAGAUAGAAAUAUCUUCAACAACUGCAUCAAGCAUUGCACUUCAGUGGCAGCUUCCACCAGAUGCUGGCCAUGUUCUUGAAGGUCUCUAUCUCUACCACAAGAGAGAAUUUGGCGAAUGGGAAAAGACAAAAUUAAGAGCUCAAGACUCCAGUUUCAUCCUCAAUAACCUGCAGUGUGGCACAAAGUAUUACUUCUACUUACAAACAUUUAAUCAACUAGGGCAAAGUGAACCAACUUCUACAAUUACUGCAUGCACACAAGGUUCAGCACCAGUUGCUCCAAAAAAUUCCGAUCUCAUAAAAGUUAAUUCCAGUUUCAUAUUGUUAAAUUUAACAUCAUGGGAUGAUGGUGGUUGCCACAUAACGUCUAUUGUGAUUGAAUACAAAGUAAAGGAUGAAACCAUGUGGACACUUGUAUCAAACAAUGUCAAAACAGAGCAACUUCAAUUUAUUGUCCUGGAUUUAAAUCCAGGAACUUGGUAUAAUUUACGAGUUACAGCUCAUAACAGUGCUGGCUCAACUGUGGAACACUAUGACUUUGUUACCCUCACACAUUUAGGAGCUACAGUAGCUCCAGAACUCAUAGUAUAUUAUGGAUAUGGAAGAAAACCUUUUUAUAGUGAGAUAGCAGUAAUAAUUCCUGCUGCCACUGGGAUUACAAUUACAAUUGCUGCUGCUGCUAUCCUAUUCGCCUACUUGAAGAAAAGUCAUACCAUAAUGUCUUCUAAUACAUACAGAGAUAAACAUGAAGAUCCUGAGCAGCUGUCAGACUUGGGCAAGAAAGUGUUGCAGGACAGAGCUGACAGCUCAGACUGUGGAAAAAUGUCUCCAAGCUUGCAAGAACCAGUCUACCUGCCGACUCCAGUGCGCGUCUCUCUGGGAUACAGGCAGGACAUCAGUCCCUAUGCCACCUUCCAGGUUCCAGCACCUGGAGGUCCUGACUGUUCUGACUGUGAAGAGGAUUUAGAGCCACAUGACCGGAAUCAUAAGCUUGCAGACAAGGAUGGAAGCAGCACAGAUUCAACAUACUCCAAAAUUCACAGGAAACUUCAACAUGGAAACGAAACACCUGAGUGGAUACCCUUACAUAAUUUGUACCAAGCACAUAGGUAUUAAUAACACCUGCAACUUUUCAGGUAGCCACUAUCAAGUGUUGUGGAGAAAGUUUUCAGUGUAAGCGAGAUGUUAACAGACAGUGGUAAAGGUGAUGAAGCAAGUUAAACUUACCAAGUGCCUUUUGACUAAAGAAAACACUAUUUAUUAG